GGGCCAAGUUAUGGCCAACGAUAGUAGAAGAGAACGGCAGAGGCAGGAAGGUAGAAAGAGAAAGAUGGAGGACGGAGACGAGAAAGGAGGAAAAUACGGUUAUUUCGGCUGUUUUUUCUUUUCCCUUGUUACCGCUGUUACAUAAGUAGGCAGGUCGGUCGGUACCUAGAUAUGCAGGUAUAUUAUGUACGGUUAGGGCCCUUGGUGACGCUGGCAAGGAUAGCGAUGCUCUCGUUUUCCUGGGCCCGUCUUUGCCAGCAAGUGCUGAGUGCCCCUGACGACGAUCGUCUCUCUUGCUCUCUCGCUCCCACCCUGUGCGGGCGUGCGUCUCCCUCGUUCUCUCUUCCUCUCUACACCGGCAACCAUGGCUUCUCGAACGACCGAAAGGGGAAAUGCCACCCGUUCUGCUGGCCCGUAGUCCGGCCGGGAGCCCGCCUACGUAGUAGUAAGUAGGUAGGGAAACGACAGUUAAUACUUACUUUCGUAGUCGGCGUCCGUUGGGAUGACUGAGGAGGGGGGGGG